AACUCUCUAUGUCGGCGCGAUACGCUUGUAUGAAUUGCCGCUCAAGCUUAUACAUUCUGUCAUCAUUCUUACAAUCAUCAUAAAAAUAUCAAAAUUCACUUGUUCACAUUCGAUGGUGAAAACGUUUGGUGUUGGUGGUGUUGUACGCUGUGUAUUAAAAGAAUAAACGUGCGGUUUUUUGGUCUUUUGUCCCUCAAUAUAACCGAAGCAUAAUUGAAUCGGCGAGAGAAUCACAUCGGUAACACCGACUGGCUCCCACUAUGAUACACUUGUGCAAAAGAAGUUAUUAUUUGUCCUAUUAUUUCGCAACAUCGAUCAGCAAGCAGCACUCUCAUCUGGCUUGAGCGCUGGACAAAAUAUAUUACAAUUGUGCGGCUGUAUAGAAAGUUGCUGUUCAUUGGAAAAGGCAAUUAAUUACCAUACGAAAAGGCCCUGACAAACCGAUUUCCUGCAGUAGGGCGGAACCCCAUUCCCAUGAGGCAUAUACAUAUUUGCAGAAAGUCCAUAAUGAGGAUCUGGUAUGCCUAGACAUUCCGGCACCAGGUGUGAGAAAAUUUUUCCUCGCCCGGAUUCCUUGUUCUCUCUCGCGCGCUCACCACUGAAACAUCGCUUUUGACUACGUCAUCAUAUAAUAUGAUUCCAUCGCACAACCCAUACGGCUACGCACUUGCCAUUUACUUCCUUGUCAGAUCUUGAAAGGAAUUAAAAAGUUUCUUUUAUGUCAUAAUUUCCUUAUCUGGCAGCUUAUUAACGCGCCGGGCUUUAUUACAUAAAACUGAGAUCGUGUUCGACGAGCGGGUCUGAUCAACACCCAAGUGCUUGAAUCCGAUCAUGGAGCGUGUGCACUCGGAUUAUCAUCGUCAGCUGCAGUACUGGCAAACGGCCAGCCUGCAUCUGGGUAACGGCAACAGCAACCACUAUGCCCACUCGGACUCACCCAAGUCCAGCGGACCCAGUCCCAUUGAAUCCCUCAAUUCCCUGUCGCCCGGCGGCGGCCACGGGACCGGGGCCGGGCAGAACCAGAUGUCACCGCAGCAGCAAGUCCCCGGCAAUAUCGGGCCAGCGGGAUCGCCGACCAAAUCUGGCUCGCACUCGUCCAAUGGGUCAACGAAAGAUCAUCCGUUCGAUGACCGAGUCAAACGCCCUAUGAAUGCUUUCAUGGUCUGGUCGCGAGGUCAGCGCCGGAAGAUGGCCCAGGAGAAUCCGAAAAUGCACAAUUCAGAGAUAUCCAAGCGGUUGGGUGCUGAAUGGAAGCUGUUGUCGGAAGCCGAUAAGCGGCCCUUUAUCGAUGAAGCCAAACGACUACGAACUUUACAUAUGGCUCAACACCCGGAUUAUAAGUACCGGCCGCGACGGAAAACGAAGACUCUGAUGAAGAAAGCCGCGGAGAACGCUGCGAAGAAUGCCAGCACGCCCUAUGCCGGGAUGGGAGCGGGCUUAUUAUCACAGAGUCACGGCCAUUCCAAUUCCGGGAGUGGACCGGUACAGAACCCAUAUGCUGCGAUAAAUGGAUUAUAUCCAGGCGCUGCUGCUGCAGGUGCCAAUGGCUACACAUCGCAGGCCGCUGCGGCGAUGAUGCUUCAUCCGGACUACACACAAUCCAGCUUCUAUUCGCGAGGUUACGAGCCGGCGGCGUACCUGGGCUCCAAUGGGGUCCCGGUAACCCAGAGUUCUGCCUACUCAUACGGCGCCAACCAUUCCCGCACCGCCGCGGCCGAUUACCGUGGUUCCCAGUAUCGCAGCAAUCCCGAAAUGAAGGAAAUGAUCAACAUGUACUUGACCCCUAGCGCCCACGCCAUGGCCGCCGCGGCCGAAAACGCUCAAGGAGCUGCCGCUGCCCAGCAGCAUUAUGCCCAACUGUACCAGUCGCAGUGUGCUGGCGGCGACGGCGGUUCGCCCGGGAUAAUCAAGUACGAAUCCUCGGCGCACCAGAUGAGCCAGAUGCACAUGCAUCCCAAUUCCAUUCCUCCGCUGAAUCAUAUGAACUGAUUGGUGCGGGCCGAUCACAUGGCGUUGGGGUUGACAAUUGAUGCCAAUUAUACUCAGGAUUUCUGAUCUGGAUGAAGGAGAAAUAAAAGGCAGCAUUAAUUUGUUCCUGGAUAUAUAUUAGUUGUUGAGAAAAUGUGUAUAACUGUUCCAUGGGAAAACGGCAGCUAUGUAGAUUGUCGCCUUUUCCCUGAAGCAGAGGUCGUCAUAUUUUGCUGUUUUUAUUUACAAUGAAAAAAUACCGGGACUUGAAUACGAAGUAUCCGCAGCGUUGGCUGAAAUUUGAAGUGUAUAAUUUUGUUUGUUUUACGUUUUCGUUUUAUUUCUGAUUUAUUUUAUUCCGCGUAUGGUUUCUUCUCAUGUUUGGCGUGUUUCAGCGAGUGCGCAUAGUUUUAUUUGAAUAACCGAACUUUUGGGUGUUGUCAAAGAGUUUGCUAAGUUACGUGAUUUAAUUUGUUGGAUUAUUACUAGGCGAAUGCGGAAAGUACCCUAGCGGAACUUACGAGCAGUAUUAAAACUGGGAAAAAACUACGAAAAAUCGCUCGUAUGAUGCAUGCUCUGUUGUAUGCUAAAUUAACUCAGCUUUGAUCCUGCCGAAGCAAAUUGCUUCGGAAACAUG